UUUUGUUAGAUGCGGUUGUCAACAUUGAUAUGCGCAACAAACAUUCAAAAAAGGUUGUUUAUGGUUUCGUGUUAAAUAUAUUUGAGUCGAAAAUUCGUAAAAUUUACUAAAAAUAAUCAUUGCAAUGGAUGAGGGUUUCAAAUAUCAAUUAAUAAAAUCUGUUGAUCCGACAAAAGUAAAAGUUCCGUUGAAUGAAAAGUUCAAUAAGUUGACUUUGUCUUCUAAUAAAAAGAAAAAAGACGAUUUGAGGGAAAAUCAAAAGGAACAACUAAUUGAAAAAAGAGAAAGUGCUAGUCGAAACUUGUUAAAAGAACUUUCUAAUGCUGAAAUCCCAAAUGUAGAUCCCAAAGAUAGAGUAUACAUUAAUCCAAUAUUAAGGAGCGAUUCUAGUUCAAAAGAUAGUAAAGACAAUGAAACUGAUAUAAACGUUUCUGAUGAUCAAAUUUUAUCUGAACAAAAAAGUUUUGAACACCAAAACUAUAAUGAAAUAUUGGAUCAAACUGAACAAAUGGAUCGUUUGCAGAUAACUGAGGAUUUCAGUUCAAAUUGUUCAAGUGAAGAUAUAUCUGAAAAUUGUGAUAAAAGUAGGAAGAAAUAUGUAGAAAAGAACGAAACAGAGCAAAAUUUAGCUGUAAAGCAAAUAAGUACCACUUCUCUUACUUCACAAUUACAAUUUAAUGCUAAUAAUGCUUCUAUAUCAAUUUCAUCUUCAGACUCUGAAGAAGAUUCAAUUAUAUCAAUAUCUGAUUCAGAUUCAAAUGACACAAAAAGUAUGACUUUUGAUUUUGAUUUAAUGACAUCGGAUAUACCGAAAAGUGGACAGACCGAAAAUGGUUUAUUACCAUGUACAUUCAGUAAUGAUAAAGCGGAUCGUGUAGAAGCAUUCUUACACGAUGUUUCUCAAGAAUGUGAAAGAAAUAAAUGGAUUCAACAACAGGACACUGUAGAUAAUAUAACAGAUUUAUAUCAAUCAUUUGAAAGUAUUAAAUUACAUGAUGGAAAGAAUUUAGUAGAUGCUGAUACAGAAUCUGUUACAACAGGAAUUCUUACUGAAAAUAAUAAUUCAAAUACAUUAAAAAGUAGUAAGAAUUUAGUAGAUGCUGAUACAGAAUCUGUUACAAUAGGGAUUAUUACUGAAAAUAUAAAUUCAAAUACAUUAAAAAGUAAUAGUGUUGAAAAACUGGGUCAAGCUCAUCGCUUAAAAUUUGGAGAUUUAAGAAGAUCAGUAAGUCUCACAAAUAUAACUACCCAAUCUAAAAUGUUAGCAAAUGAUGAUACAGUAAUAAAUACAGACGUUUCAAGUGAAUCAAUUUCAAUGAAAGAAGUCAGCAUUGGUAGUCAUGAUAAUACUGUUAAUUCCAGAGAAAACUCUCUACCUCCAGAGGAAUCUAUAAUUAUUUCUGAAACUUCAAAUGAAUUUGAAGAUUCCAGUAAGUCAGAAAAUUUUGAAACACCAGUUUUAAAAAAUAAUAUUCAAAAUGAUAGUGAGGAUUCUGAUUUAGAAAUUUCUCAAAUAAAAUUGGGUAUAGGAAGUAUAAAUAUAUCUGCAAAAAUAAAUAUAAAAAUACACAUACCUGAAGAAGAAACAUCUGAUGAUAAUAGUGAAGAAAGUAUGGAAGAAUGUAAUAGCGACGAAUUUAAAACAAAAUCAAAUGAACAACCUUUAUCACUGCCUCAAGAGAAUUCUGCAUUAAAUGAGUGUGUGCAGCAAAAACAGUACAAAAAUAAAAAUACGACCAUAGUUGAAACUCGUUCACCUGAAGAUAAAUUCCUUACACAUGCGGAAAAACUUCUAAACCAACUAUAUGGAAAAUCAUGGCAAACUCCAGAUGUUAUACAUAAAUUGAAGCAAACUAAAACCACUGAAUCAAAGUCUUCCUUAAAUAAUGACGCCAAUUCAGUUAAUAAAGUCGAUCAGAUUAGUAGUUCUAAAGAAACCGAAGAUCGGGGUUUUAAACAUCAAGAAAUUAAAAUCGUUGAAGAAAGUAUAUUAGAUGAUUUUUCUAUAUUUAAGCGUAAUAUUGUGAAAACAAAUUUGGAUUCAACUCGUUUGGUAACUCCAAGGCAACAAAACAUUCCAAAAAAUGCUACAUCAGAGCCUAGACGAAAUAAUAGAAUUGAUACUGUGCGACGGAAUAUUAAAGUACCACAAACAGAGAAGAAAGCUCCAGUUAUGACAAAGAAAGGUCGGGUAAUUAAAGAGAGAUGGAGACAAUUAGUAGAUGAAGAAAGUGAAAGCGAGUAUGACAAUGCUUCUGAUGAUGAAGAUGUUGACUAUUCAUUAGAUAAGGAAAAUUCAAAUGAUACUGAUACUACUGAUGAUGAAAAUGAGUUUGUAAAUAAAAAACACAUACAUUCUAAAAGGAUGAAUCGUAAAGGAAAAGAAAACAAUAAAACUGCACAAAGUUCUAAAGAUAAAAUAAUUUAUCUAGAUUUAACACAACACGAAAUAAUUGUUCAUGAAAAUCCUCCAGAUAGUCCACCUGCUAAUCACGAUGAUGUCUUUAAAGAACGUUUGCAGAAUAUUUUACGAACAUGUGCAAGUGUAGAUAAACCAAAAAUAGAAGGAACACCUAGUACUAAAACAAAACGUAAAUUAUUUACAGUCGAAGACGAGGAUGUUAUUGUACCACCUCCGGAAUCUCCAAAAACUGAAUCCAAAUCUGACGAAAGUUGUAUAAGCUUUAAUGAUCCUACAAUGAUUAAAUACUUUAAUAAGAAGUUGGAAGCUGUUAAAAAUGGAACACCUUUGUUUUUUGCCACUCCCCCGCGUAAUGUAAAAAAAUGUACACCAAAAUCUAAUGCAACUCCAAAGUCUUUAUUAUAUAAUGAGAACAAAAUACCUAAAUCUUCAAAAAAAAAUUACGAACAAGAAAAAAUUUGUACAUCUGAUAUAAAGUAUGGGUUUUUAAAAUCUUUAGAUGUGUGUGUAAGUAAAAAGUUUUGUGAUCCUGAUGCGUUAUAUUAUCGUGAUAAUUAUCGAAUUCGAAAAGAAGAACUUGCAACUAAAUUAUAUAAACUUUACAAUGAGAAACUAUUUUCAAAUGAGCUAAACGUGCCAAUAGUUUGGAAUAAGAAAUUAUUAAACACCGCUGGUAGAUGUUUAAAUAAAAAAAAGUUUAACACGCGGAGCUCUGUUGUUGAAUUAAGUGAAAAAGUUCUUACUAGUGCUGAUCGACUACGGUGUACAUUAAUUCAUGAACUGUGUCACGCUGCGACAUGGGUUUUUAAUGGAGAAGGUGGACAUGGUGCUACUUGGAAAGAGUGGGCGCGUAAAGCGAAUAGUGUGUUCCCAGAAAUACCUAAAAUUGGUGUGUGUCAUCAAUAUGAAAUUGAGUAUAAGUAUACAUACAAAUGUACUUUAUGUGAUGCGAAAUCACAUGCGCAUUCGAAAUCAAAAAAGGUUGAAAACAUACGAUGUUCUUAUUGUCAUGGUGCAAUUGAAAUCUUUCUUAACAAAAAGGAUAAAUUUGGUAAUAUAGUGCCUACUCCCGUAAAGACUCCCACUGGAUUUGCAAAGUUUGUGCAAGAGAAUUAUAAACAGUAUAAACAGCCACAAUUAAAACAUGCUGAUAUUAUGAAAUUGUUAAGUAACGAAUUCGCAGCUUUAAAAGUGACCGGAAAAGCUAAUUGAUGUAUUAGCAUGUAUAUAUUUGAUAAAUUUUACAACCUUUUAAAUUUUGAUUUAUUUUU